AUGAAACUUUUCGACGAUAUCAUCUUCUCACUUGUCACUAACGUGCGGUUUUUUAUGCGUAGGUUAGUGUCACGUUCGAGCAUGGAGUGCAGUGAGCAGCAGGAAUUCGCUGGGUCCAAUGUGGACAAGAGUCGCAUGGUGCUACCGGACAGAUGGGUCUAUUGUCCACCGAUGGGUUCGAUUGUGGCCAAGCACUUCCUGCCGUUCAAAACUCCACUUUCGAAGUUGUACGAUGAGCAGAUCGAGAAGAAAUACCAAUUCCAUCCCCGUGAUGUUUUUGCUCAGCAAUUCGUGGGCGCUGAACCUGGUGCAAGAAUUGGCCUGUGGAUCGACCUUACCGCAACGAACCGUUAUUAUCACAAAAGAGAGGUCGAAAAACGCGGCUGCAUUUAUAAGAAAAUAGCAACCAGAGGACAUGAAGAAACACCGUCCCCCUUCGAAACGGAGCAGUUCUGCCGCCUGGUGCGCGCAUUUCUCCAGGCGAAUCCAAAGGAUAUAGUGGCGGUGCACUGCACCCACGGCUUCAAUAGGACUGGCUUUCUUAUAGCUGCUUAUCUUGCCACUGCCAUGGAUUGGGCAAUCGAUGCCGCCAUACAUUCAUUUGCGCAAAUGCGACCGCACGGCAUCUAUAAGCAGUUCUAUCUGGAUGAGCUGAUAAGAAGAUACGGCGACGACGGGGACAGAAUUCAGGCUCCACCACGACCAGCGUGGGAAAAUGGUCCAGUUUUGGAACUGGAGGCGGAUGAUACUGAUGAUGAUGGCAGUAGUGGUGGACAGACUAGUACAAGCCGACUCGACUCCCAGAGUGGUGAGCCAAAAUUCAUGGAUGGGACAGUCAAAAAUGUAAUUUAUGUCACUGACUCGACCACCAGGGAGUUCUUGCAAAAUAAAAUUCGCGAAAUGUGCGAAUACAGAAGAGAUGGAUUUCCCGGUAGUCAGCCGGUGUCUAUGGAAAGAUCGCCAGAAAGGGAUAACAUGUGCUUUCUGGCAGAACAUGAAUAUAUGGUCUCCUGGAAAGCUGAUGGAGUUAGAUACAUGGUGCUGGUGGAUGAUGAAAACUCCAUAUACGCAUUUGACAGAGACAAUAAUGUUUUCAAAAUAUGUGGAAUAACUUUUCCGCAUAGAAAAGAGCCUCGUCAUGUGCGAAAUACACUGCUUGAUUGUGAAAUGAUAAUUGAUAAGGUGAAAGGCGAAUCUGGUGUAAGUGCAGUUCCUCGGCUGCUCAUUUACGAUGUGAUCAAAUUUGAGGUGGUUUUCAUAAGUUUUCAUGAUGUUUCAGGCAAAACUCGUGUGCGUCUGUUGGGUCAAAGUGUCGGCGGCUGCGAUUUCAGGACGCGACUAUUUUGCAUACGUAAGGAGUUGAUUGGACCGCGUACUGAAGCAAAGAUGAGUGGUCGCAUUAAGAGAGAGAAUGAACCGAUUAGUAUACGCAUAAAGGAGUUUUAUGAACUUGGAACAGUGCGUAAAUUUUUCGCAGAAAAAUUUAUGAAAACCGUUACGCAUGAAAUUGAUGGGCUUAUUUUUCAACCUGUUAAAGAGCCGUAUUGUCCUGGCCGUUGCGAUAAGUUGCUGAAGUGGAAGCCACCUUCACAUAAUUCGAUUGAUUUUUUGCUGCGAAUUCGACGCAUCUGCAAAGCCGGCGAACUGCCCGAAUACAUCGGCUUCCUCUAUGUGCAGCAUGAGAGCGAACCAAUGGCGCAGAUGAAAGCCACCAAAAAACUACUGCCCUAUGACAAUAAAAUCAUUGAAUGCACUUUCACGAAUGGCAAGUGGGAAUUUAUGCGAGAGCGCACGGACAAGAGUUUGCCAAACUCAAGCAAAACAGCAAGAGCUGUAUACAAUAGCAUCAUCUAUCCGAUUGAUAAAGAAAUCCUGUUUGCAUACGUGGAAAAUAUUUGUGCCCAGAAGCUGCGAAAAAGGAAGUUGAUGCUGCAUACUUCCAACGCACUAAGCGCUCCUAAGAAAAUUGCGACCCAGUAA